UUACUCAUUAUUAGACAGCACAGCUAGAGGUAGAAUGGUGCUAUAUUACGGCUGCAGUUUGCUGCUGCUUACAUUCCUUGCUCUGCCGGGUCUAUUGCUUGGGGACUUGGUAUUCCAUUGUCCAAGCUGUGCUGCGGAGCGCCAAGCUGCAUGUCCUAAGCUUGCUACAACAUGUACUGAGAUAGUCAGGGAGCCCGGCUGUGGCUGCUGCCCAGUGUGUUCCCGGUUAGAAGGCGAAUUCUGUGGCGUCUACACACCGAGGUGUUCCACAGGGCUGCGUUGUUAUCCUACUACAGAUUCAGAUUUGCCCUUGGAGCAGCUGGUUCAGGGAUUAGGACGAUGCUCACACAAAGUAGACCCGGUACCCAUCCUCACUCAAGAGCAUCAGGACAAGAGUGGACCUAUAGUGGAGCUGCAGGGCACUGAGGGUCCCGCUCAGAAGAAGCCGACCAAAGAUGCCAGCCCCUGGAUGUGGUCCAAACAGAAGGCUGUGAGACAGGCCCAGAACGAGCUCAAGAACAAGAUGAAGACCAACACCCGCCCUGAGGAACCUAGGACCCAACGGCCCACUCAGAGCCAUUGUCAACAGGAGCUGGACAAGGUGCUGGAGGAGAUCUCCAAGAUGACCUUCCAUGACAACAGGGAACCGCUGGAGAAUCUGUACGAGCUCAACUUCCCCAAUUGUGACAGAUGGGGCCAAUACAAUCUCAAACAGCUUUUGCAGAGGCUGCAGCUAUUCGUCAUGGGGUCCAUAAAAAACACAAAACAUGAAAAGUAACACUGAUAUGGCCGAAGACAACUUCCCUCGAGGGACACCGCAUUGUAUAUGUGAUGUUAGAGAAGCUUCCAUUGAAGAACACUUUGGGUUCUAUUGGAUAAAUAACUCUCCAACCAUGUGAUGGCAGGUAAUGUAAAGCCAAAACAAGUGAGUUUUUUCAAUACCAAUGUAUGAUCAAAAACAUAAAACGCAGCACUGUAAUCUAACAAUACAGCUCCAAAUAUAAUCUUAUUAUCAAUUUAUUUUCACUAAUCAUCUGUCAUCUGAGACAGUCAGUAUAAGUUGAUUGCCCUUCUCUAUGUGUAUGCUGAAAGUCAGAAGUGCACUUGUUCUCUGAAAAAUAGCAUUGCAUUUGGUCAAACACAUUUCUCUCCUUCUGUUUACUAAGAAGAGGCAGCAAAAUGAUUGGGCAGCUGUUAAAGCCAGCAAAGGGUGCUUUACUAUUUUUAGGCAGUGGGAUUACUUCAAAUCAAAUUCUUCCACCUCUCCCACACUAACUUGACAAAAUUCAAAACAGCAAUCCUUCUCUUUCAUUGUUAGAUAUUUUUUUACCAAAAUAUGAUGGUUCAUCGUUCGAUGUUGUGAUUUCACUUCUGAGUUUUACCACUUUACUAAUGAAAUAGUAAUUGAAAUGAUUGGCAAUAGCUAAAAGACCCAUUAACUUCAAUGAACGAUGGAAAUGAAUUGGGUUUUCCUCCCAUGGUAUCAUUCAAGGUACUCCAAAGUAUUGUUAGAUUGUGUUUUAUGUCAUUUAUCUUAGUUCUGUAAUAUAAUGUAUUCUUCAUUUUGGUAAGUUUAGGUACAACAUUUCUCCAUUUACAGUUUGUUAACCAAUCAGCUGAGCAGCUUGACUUGUUUGCCACCUCUUUUCCAUAAUUUCUUUGAACCAUACAAUUUUUAUUAAUCAUCAAUCCAGAGGGCUCUAAGAGUUCUUAGCCCUCUAAAUCUUUUCAGGGUACCUAAGUCUACAUUUGUGCCAAAUUGGGUGUGUCAAAAUAACUGUAUAUUGUAUUACCGUCUGUGGCCAUUUCAUAAGACGACUGCUAAGGCACUCAGGGGCCAAAUAUGUCUUGGCUCCAUAUCUUUUAAAAAAGUCCUUCAAAACAUUAACAUUUUAUUACCAACAGUGGCCAUUUUGUAAAAUGGCUGCUACAGCCCCAAGGGUGUGAGUCCAUAUCUACAUCUUUUGAGGCUACAUAAACACACCUAAUGUGGUACAGAGGUAGAUUUAUCUAAAAACAGGCAUUCAGAACAUUAACAGUGUAUUACCAACAUUGGCCUUUUUUGUAAAAUGGCUGCCACAGUCCCCAGGGGCCAAAUCUGUGGUGGAUCCAUAUUUAAAACUUUUCAGGCUACAUAAAUGUACUUCUGUGCCAAAUGUUGUGUGUUUAUCUCAAAAUAAUCCUUCUGGAUUGUAAAAUAGUGUUAUAAAAUGUGGCCAUUUUGAAAAAUGGCUGUCACACCCCCCAGGGGCCAAAUCUCUGGUGUUUCCAUAUUAACAUCUUCUCAGGGUCCAUAAACCUAUCUCUGUUCCAAAGUUGCUGCCUUUAUCUCUAAACAGUUCUUCUGAAUUGUGAAAUAACGGUACCAUUGGUGGCCAUUUAAAAACAAGAUCUGUCACACCCCCCAGGGGCCAAAUCUGGGGUGGCUCUAUAUCUGAAUAUUUUCAGGGUACUUAAAUCUACCUCUGUGCCGGAUUUGGUGCUUUUAUUGCAAAAUGUAUGAUUUUUUUCCAGAUUUGUUUGUUUAUAAGCUUGAUGAGAAGAUACAAUUAUUUAAGAUUUGUUGUAAAUAACAACCGCCAUAAGACCUGUAACAACAUCUGGUUUGUUGUUAGGCAUAAUAAAGACAUCUCAAGGAAGACGUCUUAAAAGGUUCAUAAUUUGGUCAUAUGACGUCGAGACCAGAAUAUACCCAGACUAAGACGUCAAAAUGAUGUUGUGUGCCCAUUUGCAAGUGGGUGACUGAAGCAUGCUUCAUUGAUGUGGGGCACAUGGGUCCCCCCCCUCUUCUGCUCCCAUCAAUAUCUGUAGUUGGUCGCAUUUCCUAAAGCCUAAGUUAUUCACUUUUACGUGAUGUCAUAUCACAUUUUGUAACUUUGUAUAGUUUUUUUUCAAGCAUUCAGAUAGGACAUGAGUGUUACAAAUUGUACGAAUCAUUGGGUCCUGCACACUGGCUGAAAUGUUUUAAAAUGUCAAAUGUCUCACCAUUAUUUCUCAUGAGUGUUCAUGUUGAUCAAUAUUUCGGCUAUGCUGGCCUAUUAUAAAUGAUCAAAUAAAUGUCUGAUCAAUAGAUACAAUUCUUAACAUUUUGUCAUUUAUAAUGCUAAUGUAGAGGUACCAAUAAAUUGUCCAGUAGACUUA